UCCGAACUAAUCGCGGCUUUGUAAGUAUCAGCAGCACUUUAUAAACAGUUGCAAAACCCUUUCUUUUUUCUCACUCUUUCUCUCUCUAUAUUCCCUCCCCCUCUCUCUCUCUCUAGAAAAGAAGAGAAAAGAAAGGAGAAAGAAAAGAAAAGUUUGGAGAGAAUAUAGCUAACUGCAUCACCACCAUCAGAAGAAACCGUUGUUCGAUAGAUCUGUGGAGAAGAAGAUGGGACAGAACCAAAAAUCUUUGAUCUACGCCUUCGUUUCUCGCGGAAGCGUGAUUCUCUCUGAAUACACCGAAUUCAGCGGAAAUUUCAACUCGAUCGCGUUUCAGUGCCUUCAGAAGCUUCCAGCUUCCAACAACAAAUUCACCUACAACUGUGAUGGCCACACCUUCAAUUACCUCGUCGAUAAUGGCUACACCUAUUGUGUUGUUGCGGAUGAAUCUGUUGGAAGACAAGUGCCUGUGGCUUUUCUGGAGCGUGUGAAGGAUGAUUUUGUUGCGAAAUAUGGCGGUGGGAAGGCUUCUACAGCUGCACCUAACAGUCUGAAUAAGGAUUUUGGGCCUAAGUUGAAGGAACAUAUGCAGUACUGUGUUGAUCACCCUGAGGAGGUAAGCAAGCUUGCAAAGGUGAAAGCUCAGGUUUCUGAAGUCAAAGGUGUCAUGAUGGAGAAUAUUGAGAAGGUCCUGGACAGGGGGGAAAAGAUUGAGCUUCUGGUUGACAAGACUGAGAACCUUCAUCACCAGGCACAAGACUUCAGGAACUCGGGGACUAAAAUCCGUAGAAAGAUGUGGCUGCAAAAUAUGAAGAUAAAGCUGAUUGUAUUGGCAAUUUUGAUAGCCCUGAUCCUCAUAAUUGUCCUUCCAAUUGUUCUCAAGAAUAAAUAAACGCUGCUUGCCGAGACAUUUAUCUUGUUAUUUCUGACUUUCUUGUGAUUAUAUAUAUGAUGAGGAAAGAUAUCAGGUGGAUGGCAUGAUUUUGUAUGUAGUCAAGAUAUCAGAACCUGUAUACCUUUAAAGCUUUUACAGUAUGAAGAUGAUGAUAUAAGAUUGCUUCUAUAUGCUUUUUUGCUUGAA